AUGGCUACAGAAGUCAAGCGAGUUCCCAUUCCCCGCCGGGGCGUCGACUAUCGUGGCAAGAUUGUGCUUGCACCCAUGGUGCGCUCCGGCGAGUUGCCGUCCAGAUUACUUGCACUUCACUAUGGCGCAGAUCUCGUCUGGGGCCCCGAGACCAUUGACCGAGCCAUGAUUGGAACGACUCGACGCUUCGAUGAAGACACUCGCACUGUCGAAUGGACCCGGAUAUCUUCUCAAGGCCACAAAGAGCCACCUCCAGAUGCCAAAGAAAGCGUAAUCUACAAAGUAUUCCCGGAGAAGGAAGACGGCAAGCUCAUAUUCCAAAUCGGCACCUCCGACCCCGACCGCGCAGUCGAAGCAGCCCGCCUCGUGGCCGCCGACGUCGCCGGCAUCGAUGUCAAUGCCGGCUGCCCCAAACCCUUCAGCACCAGCGGCGGUAUGGGCGCAGCCCUCUUACGGACGCCAGACAAACUGGUUGCGAUUCUCGAGGCCCUAGUGAAGAACAUCACUCCCGAAUUUGAAAUCGGCAUCAGUGUCAAGAUUCGCAUCUUGGAAACCCCAGCUGAGACGGAAGCCCUCGUGAGAAGACUUGUCGCCACUGGCAUCACAGGCCUAACGGUCCAUUGUCGUACCACGCCCAUGAGGCCUAGAGAGCGUGCGAUCCGCGGACAGCUACGCAUGAUUGCAGACAUUUGCCACGAAGCCGGCGUUGCGUGCCUUAUGAAUGGCGAUGUCGAAAGCCGCGACCACGGCAUCAAGUUGGCAGAGGAGUAUGGUGCCGACGGAGCCAUGAUUGCGGUUGCUGCUGAAAAGAAUUCCAGCUGCUUCCAGAGCGAAGCCGACGGUGGUCUACUGCGUUGGGAGCCCGUCGUAGAGCAGUACGUCAAGUACUCUAUGGAAAUUAACAACCGGUUCAGCAAUACAAAGUAUCUCCUGGCUCAAAUGGUUCCUGGAAAGGCAAAGUUUUAUCAGUCUAUUCAGCAGUCCAAGUGCUACACGGAUAUUUGUAAGACUCUGGGGCUCGAACAUCUCCUCGAGCUGGCCCAGGAUUGCGAUGCAAAGAGGGGAUUGGACAAGCCGAAGGAGAAACUGUCCAAGAAGGCCAGGAAUAAUGCCAGUGCUUUGGCUGCCGGCGGAAAGAUGGCUGAAGCGACGGCCAAGAAUCAGCAUCGGAAAUCGCUUUCGGAACGAAAUGUCGGGUCCAAGGCUAAUCCUGAACUGGCCGCAGUUGCAACAGCAGUCUGA